GGGGUGAUGAGAAACCAAGGACCCUGCAGCGGUGUGUGUGGACGCUUCUCAGACGCUCCUGCUUUUCCUCUAGGUCUAGGCUCCAACUGGGAGGAGGCAGAAAGACCACGGGGGCCUCAUGAAAACAUGGCUGGUCCCUUAGAGGGUCCCUGCGGACGGAACUUCUGGAAUGGCUCCGGCGUGCGGGUGGCCCUGACACUCCACCAUGACCUCACCAGACCCAACUUCACCCUAGUGAUUGGUUCCAACUUCCCCCUACUCUGCUUGGCUGACUCCCAGCCCCCUGCCCGGUACAUACGGAGCAUCAGUGGGAUCCCCGGGCCUGAUGGCCGGACCCUCUUCAUUUCCAGUCUCUCCAGGGCACGCUCGGAGGUCUACAGCUGCAGGGCCUCAAACUCCAUUUCCUGCUCGCACAGCAGCGUGGACGCCGACAUCACCGUCUCAGCCUCACUUUUGACCAUGUGGAGUCUGCCAGCUGCAGUCCAGCUCACCUUUGAUGCCAACCCACUUACCACCAUCCAAAAACUGCUGGCCAGACCCACCAUUGCAAUCAGCCAGGACACUGCCACAGAACAGAGGGAAAACGUGACCUUCUGCUGUAGCACCCAGGAUGCUGACGUUACCAUCCACUGGGUCUUCAACGAUCUCCCCCUGGUGUUCCAUGAGCGCAUGCAGCUGUCCACAGAUGGCAAGACCCUCACCAUCCUCACUGUACUGCGGGAAGACUCUGGGACUUACAAAUGUGAAGCCCAGGCUUUCCACCAUGUCCGGAGCAGUGCUCCCACCUUCCUGACUGUGAACUAUGGUCCUGACCCCUUUGAAAUCAAGUUGGAGUCUGGCGUAUCCAGAGGGGAGGUGGUUGAAGUGAUAGAGGGCUCCACUGUGAGCUUCUCCGUGGAAACACAGUCUCAUCCUCCCCCUGCCUAUACCUGGUUUCUCCCCUAUGACUCCAUCCCACCUCCCACCAUGAGUUCGUUCGCCAUCCAAGCUGUGUCCCGGGACCAUGAAGGCACGUACAGGUGCUUGGUAUUCAACGGUGCUACCCACCUGCUUCGCCUGGGUGCUCUUACAGUUCGAGUCCUUGAAACGCUGACCAAACCUCACAUUGUGCCCCCAAGCCUGAAUCUCGUGGAAAAUGCCAGCUCCGUGGCCCUGACCUGCCAGACCCCCCAUGAGGGGGCUGGAGUCCUGUGGCUCCUGAGGGGCCAGGCUUUCCUGCCCAGCGAUCACCUGGUGCUGUCAGCUGACAACAGGAGCCUGGUCAUCCAUGGCCUCCAGCGGGACGAUACAGGACCCUAUGAGUGUGAGGUCUGGAACUGGGGCAGCCGGGCACGAAGCGAGCCCUUCAGGCUCACCAUGAGCUACGGCCCUGACCGAGUGGACAUCACCAGCGGGUCUGCGCCCGGGGUGGUCGGCACCGUGGAGGCCGAGCUCAACUCCAGCCUGACCCUGCGGUGCCGGGCGGAGUCCCAGCCGGGCGCUGAGUUUCACUGGACCCUUGAACAGUCCACCGCUGUGCGUGCGGGGCAGGUGCUGAUCAUCCGGGCCCUGACCUGGGAGCACCAGGGGAUCUACGGCUGCACGGCCUCCAACCCGCUGACCCACCUGGCCCUCUCUGCCUCGGUCCGGGUCACAGUGGUAGGUCCCCAGUCAUCCCUGUCUGCAGGAGCCAUUGGUGGCAUUGCUAUCGGGAUCCUGGCUGUCAUUGCCCUGUCCGCAGGGCUGGGCUGUUUCCUCUGCGUCAGAAAUGCCAGACGGUUCUCAAGGGAAAAAGCAGAGGACCCCAUCCAGGAGGCAGCAACACCCACCUCCGAGGAGGAGCCCCAUGCAGAGUCCUGUGCCAAUUGGCUGAGCCCCAUGUAUGCCAAUUUACCCAAACCUCAAGGACAGGUUGGAGUCAAAAAGAUGCUGCCACCAGAUCCCCCAGAGCAGUUGUAUGAGAAGGAGCCACCAUCAGUAACCCCCGGGAACGAUUCUCAUGGCCCCAGAAAACCAUCGCCCGAAGUUACAUUGGACCCAUCGGUCCCCACUCUACCGAAAGGAAACACAGAAUCACACUAUGAGGUGCUUGUGAAUCCAGAACGCAACAUCUACGGCCAAAUCAACCCCUCAGUCCAAUGGAGGGAGAUUUCCCUUCUCCAGAAAUCCUAGAGAAAUCACGCUCAAUCACA